CCUAAUUAGUUGCUCUUGGGCCUGGUAAAGGAUUAAAGCGGAGCUCUCGCGCAUGAAGCGCACCAGCGAAGCAUCAUGGGUAGGAAAAUAAAGUAAUCUACCCAUCCAAGAAAAUUUGGUAAUCACGUGACCGUACACCGACUGACCGCCCGCUCGAGCGACCGUCCGUCCGCACCACAGACAUACCAAUGUAAAAUAACUCAAUCAACAGGUAUGGCAACCCAAAUGCAACUCGAGGUUAUUUUGGCGGGAAAUCGCAUAGCCACUGGCGUCUUGUAAAGCAGACACAACUAAAGGGUCAAUCAGAGGAAAGCGGAAAUUGUUUCUGUAUCCGUGUUGUCUAAAGUAUUUAGUUUAGAUUAAUUGUCAUGUCCACAAAUUUGGAAUAUAGAGCAGGAGAAAGACAGAGAAAAAGAGAGAGUAGGCGGCAGGCCAGUGAAGCUCAACGAGAAAAAGGGCGACAAAGAUCUAGAGCGAGAGAUAAAAAACAAAGGAGACAAUUUUUUUUUUGGAAGAAUAACAUGAAAAUUUUGUAGCGGCGGUGACAAAAUGGGAAAUGCCAGCGGCCAUCAAUGCAAGGUGAAAAUGAGCGGCAGUGAAAAAAAAAAAGUGAACGAAAACACGUACGACAUUUCCUCCAUAAAACGUGUAACUAAGAAGUUUCUGGAAGUUUCAUGUUGUAGUCGUGCAAAACAACGGCAAAGAAAUGUACAAAAAAAGUGUGCUGCACGUGCAAAGUUACUUUUUUUGUUAACUAGAGCUAUUGUUGUUUUUCACCAUUCUCCUGCGUUGCCUUCGCCGCUUAGCAUUACACGAUUUUAUAUUUUUUUGAACAAACUUUAAAUAUUAUCGAGAGCUUCGCUUUUAGCCCUGGCUAAAUCUAUAUAUCAUUGAGUCUCCAUUACAUGUGUAAAUUCUGUGGUUGGUUACUGUAGGGAUCUACAGUAUGCCACAGGGCUUAAUAGACAUCAGAAGAGUUUGGUUAGGAGUAAGGUGAUUAACCAGGAAACCAGGAUGUGUUAAAAAACAGGGUCACAACUAUUAUUUUGAACGUCAUUUGAUAGUGCAUAUGAACGCAUUGCCUUAAAUUGAAAUCCAGCUUAGCAGAUACCAAUGUGUCCAGGGUGACCCCAAUACCAAGACAAAUGGAGGAAUUUUCAAAGUCAGUAACUAUUAGUUAAUUGCUUGCUAAUGUCUCCAGAGUCCUUAAAAUAUUAAAUUUUAGUAUAUGAACCUCAUAACUGAUAACGUAAAUUUUUUACUCUUCGUUUCAGACUGUAAAGCCAUGUAUGACGUGUUUAUCUGUUACAGCAAUAAGGACGUUACCUGGGUUAAAGGUCUACUGGAAGAGCUUGAAAAGCGUGGCUUUGUCUGCUGCGUUGACUUUAAAGACUUUAUUCCUGGGGCAGCAAUUGUAGAAAAUAUUUCUCAAGCAAUUUACUGUAGUAGGAAAACAGUUGCUGUUCUGACGCCAGAUUUUGUGAACAGCGAAUGGUGUAACCACGAGCUUCAGAAGGCUCUGCAAAGAAUACAUUCACACCAAGUUGUGCCAGUGAUGUUGAGGAGCUGUGCCGUACCUUUAAUACUGCAGGGCACAUCAUAUCUUGACUGGGAAAACUGCCACGUUAAACCCAAUUUUUGGCCAAUGCUUGAAAAAGCUUUGAGGCUACCUAGUAACAAUUGCAUCAACUGUGUUGAAAACAACAGCAGCUGA